AUGUCGCUUUAUUAUGAGGCUGCCAGCCUUUUUGCCAAUCCUAGCACGUCUGGCAGCCUACGAUCACAAAUCUUCAAAAACCCUGCUUUGAAAGCACCCCCAGCACAAAUAUACGCUUUGGCAGUGCAGACGUGCAAAUGGAGCUCUGUCCUUCGAGAAGUCAUUGAAAAUGCCAAUUUUUUGAAAAUAGAACGGAAGGUCACUCCGACUCUCUCACUUUUCUUGGUGCACGACCUUCUCUUAGCAAAAGGUGGCAUUGCUUUACCGACUUCGCAUGGUUUACGAAAGGCCGUAGAAAGACAUAGAGCCAGGCUCCAAGCUGAGUUUAUCAGAGCAAGGGUUCGUCGAAAGUUAGUAUCGCUCGAGGCUUUCAGAGAAUUUGUAGAAGCUGGAUUAAACACCGAAAGCAGUAGUUUCGAAGCAAUACGCCCGAGGUGGGUCCGAAUUAACACCCUUAAGAGCUGCCUCGAGGAUCAGCUAGAUACAACUUUUUCGGGUUACAAACGUGUACUUCGGGUUCAGGAAUUAAGCGAGAGAGGCCAAAAACUACUCUUCAUUGAUGAUCAUAUACCGAAUUUGGUCGCGCUAUCACCGGGCUUUGAUGUAGUGAAGAGCGAUGCAUACAAAUCAGGAGCCAUCAUUUUUCAAAAUAAAGCUUCUUGCUUCCCUGCAUAUUUACUAGACCCUUUGCCCACAGAUGGUGAUAUCAUAGACACCUGCUCUGCACCUGGAAAUAAGACAACUCACAUUGCAGCUAUUCUAUCGUCGCAUGAACCCAGAGGGACCGACUGCUCACAGAUAAUUCAUGCCUUCGAGAAGAGUAAAGCUAGGGGGGAAAUACUGGAAAAAAUGAUUGGCUUGGCCGGCUCAAGUUCUUGGACUAAGAUUCACUCUGGAGAAGACUUCUUGAAAAUAGACCCGAAUCUUCCAAGAUUUCAAAACGUUGGUGCCCUUUUACUGGACCCCAGCUGCUCUGGGAGCGGAAUAACAGGCCGAGACGAGAUGCCAAAACUGCACAUUCCACUCAUUAAUCCAAUUCCUUCAACCAGAAAAUCAAGCAGUCAGAGCAAGAUUUCAAAAGCCCCCGAAGCGGGUAAAUCAAAUUUGAAGCGAAAACGUGAGGAAUCAGAGGUACAAGCUAUUGUCGAUGACAAUGGGAGUAUAACAGUGCCCGACUCUGAAGAAGAGCUUGAGGCUAGACUAAAUGCCCUUUCCAAAUUUCAACUCGAACUUCUUAUUCAUGCAUUUAAAUUUCCAGCUGCACAUAAGAUAACAUACUCGACGUGCUCUAUAUAUGCGCAGGAGAAUGAACUUAUCAUAAUGAAAGCCCUAGAACAUCCUGAUGCGAAAAGCAGGGGAUGGAGAAUUCUUAAGCGAAGCGAACAGGUUCGCGGUAUGCGGAACUGGCCUGUGCGAGGAUGCCAUAAUGCGUGCAGAAACAAUGAAGAGCUCAGUUCAGCCUGCAUUCGAGCCAAUAAAGACGAUGAGUAUGGUACAACAGGUUUCUUUGUCGCUGGGCUUGUACGUGAUGAAGCGGUCAGAGUUGAGACCCAAACGCAGAUUUCGAGAGGUAAAAAAGGAAGUCAACACCUAGAGAGAAGUGGCACAUUGGAACUCUGUGAUGCGCAUGAUAUAGGGUAUGAGCAAGAAUGGCAUGGUAUUAGUGACGACUAG